CAUCUCCGCCCCCUGGCAUUGCACCGUGCGAUUUGAGCAUCGCCUAUGUUCUUCUGGUAUUCGUAGUGCCAAGAAUUGGUCUGGCCACGUGCCAGUCCCAAGUAGUUUUAGCUGCCAGUUAUCACACACCUAUUCAUUACAGUGUCGUGGCGAGAGAUGAGCGAGUGCACUCGGGACAAGCGCCAGUUGUGUGGCGCGUCGAGCGGCGCCGAUGGGAGUCGCAUUGGCAGCGCGAGCUAUCGGGAUGGCAACGGCGGAGGCGCCAUUGGGGUGGCGCGGACCAGCGACGUUAACACGGGGAUCCUGGACGAGCAGGUGCUGGUGCUGGUGUUCCGGUCCAUCAAAUUUGACCCGAAGGCGCUGUGCACCGUGGCCUGCGUCAGCCGGCGGCUGCGGGCCGUCGCGGAGCGGGUGCUGUGGCGGGAGCUCUGCAUCUCCCGGGCGCCGCGGAUGGUGGCCUCGCUCACGGGGGUCGCGGUGGGCGGCGGCGCCGGAGCGGGGCCGCCCCCGCCGAGGCGCAUUGCCGGCGGGUGGCCGGCGCUGGCGAAGCUGCUCCUCUUCUGCUGCGGCGCGGCGGCGGCGGCCGUGCCGGGGCACUUCAUGGGGGUGUCGCGCUUCUCCAAGUCGUCGGGGCGGAGCUUCCUGUCGCGGCAGUGCCAGGGGGACCUGCUGUACGUGUCGGACCCCUGCGAGCACGCGAUGCCCGGCACGGACGACGACGUUGGCGUCUACCGCGGCGUGUUCCGCGGGUUCAUGCGGUCCCGGACGGGGGCCUGCCUGGUGGGUCGGCAGGCCGCGCUGGACGCGCGCCUGCGCUGCCCUUACUGCGGUGCGCGCGUCUGGAGCAUGGUGGCCGCGGGGUUGGUGCCCCACAGCGCGUGGCGCAGGCUGGGCGCCUACGAGGGCCGCGUCGAGUACUACGUCUGCGUCAGCGGCCACCUCCACGGCAACUGCUGGCUCGCGCGCCUCACCUCCAGCGAAGGCGAGCACGGUGGCGACUCCGACGAUUCCGACGACGCGUCAACGGAAGAAGACGGCCAUGUCGCGCUGUAACUCCGGCUUAUCCAGGUCCACUACCAUGUUCUCGAUCGAUGGAUUGUUCACUCACGUUCACUUCAGAGGGCUGUGGCUUAGCUGUACUAUCGACAGCACUUUACCACAGGGACAUCAUACUACAGUAAUCGCACUAGGUGUUGAUCAGAGGAUGGAGUGGCUGCUUGAACCAAUCGACCCUUGCGCGCGUUGGUGUAGUGUAGCAACAACAGCAUGCGUGUCUCUGCUCUGACUGGCCCGUGUCCGGAUGGAAUGGAAUCUUGUGAGUGACUUCAAAUCACUUUGAGCUAUUCAACCUGAGAUGAAUAGGUAAAAUUUGAUACUAUAAUAUUUUGUCUACAAUACCCGCGCUAUAGUAAAUGAAGCCAGAGGAUUACUGCUCACAGUAGGAUCUCACGGGAUAAUGUUUCUAUCGCUUUAUGAAGUCAGAGGAUUUGGCUGUCUAGAUACGGCACGACGCUUCUUGUUCUAGUGAGCAGUGCGUGCGGUUGUAUGAAUGGAUCUUUUUUGAUGUGAUGUGACCUCGUUUUUUUUUAUCA